ACACAACUAUGUACGAGUUGCUUAGAAAUGUUUAUUCCCGCAGUUACCUCCCAUUUUACCUAGCAACAGACAAGCAAAAUGGCGAGCCAAGACGAAGACAAACCUAAAAGUAAAAGGAUAUUUAUUAAUCAGGUCGACCAAUAUCAGGGCAAAAAUAUUGCAAAGUUCAUUUCCCGCUGUGUUGUCGGAGCCUCAUUAGAAGAACCAGAGGAGGAAGAUGAUGCUAGGUCAACCACCAGCUCCAUCAUCGCUGCCCCAAAGGAGGGCUGUUAUGAAGUGGUGGGUACAGUCAAGGACCGGGAGGCCCCCAAACCAGACUUCAUGAAGGAGGUCAUCAAGUUUGAUAACAAAGACCAGCUGUAUGAACAUUUGGUUGAAUGCGAUAUCAUUGUGUAUGACAUCACAGAAGAUCCCGACCAGAUUGAUGAAGCAGUAUGGGCUGUGUCAGAAAUCCAUUCUGAUCUGGAAAAGAUAGAAAAACCUAAAAUGUUCAUUUUGAUUUCUACGGUGAUGACAUGGGCAAAGAGUAAACCACUUGAUCCCGAUGAUCCAGAAAUCCCAUUCACUGAGGAUGAUUACAGAAGAAGAAAACCACAUCCUAAUUCUAAAGAACACAUCAGUGCUGAGAAGACUGUCAUCAAGCUUGGAAAGACAAAUAAAGCCAAAUUGGUGACCUAUGUAGUUGCCUCUGGUCUUACCUAUGGAGCAGAGGAAAACAUCUUUCACUAUCUGUUUAAAUCUGCUUGGCACAAUGCUCCAUUCCUGCAGUGCUUUGGCAGCGGUCAGAACGUUGUGCCAACCAUACAUAUCAAAGACUUAGCUGGUGUCAUACAGAACAUUGCUGACAGUAGACCAAAAGUUCGUUACCUGAUAGCAAAGGAUGACACCCAAACUACACUGGAUGAAAUUGUCAAGGCCAUCAGUGAGAAACUUGGUAAAGGUAAAGUUAAAAACAUCACAAAAGAAGAGGCUCUUCUCAGCAAAGACAUUGAGCAGUCAGAUUUUGAUCAACUCCUGGUAAAUCUUAGGAUGGAUGCUGUAUUUGUGAAGGAGAACAUGAGGAUUAUGUGGGUGUCUGAGGCAGGGAUGGUGGAAAACAUAGACCAGAUUAUAAAGGAAUACAAAGACUCCAGAAAGCUACAGCCUCUUAGAAUUUGCAUUGUUGGACCACCUGCCUCGGGAAAGACUACAGUUUGCCAAAAACUGUGUGAAUUCUACAAACUCCACCACAUCAAAAUCAAGGAUGUCAUUGAUGAAGCCCUUGAUGAACUGCAAACACUAUCUAGACGAGCAGAUUCGGAGGACCAGGAGGAUGAUGAUGGGAAGGCACAGGACGCUCAGGAGCUGCUCAAUGAAAUAGAGCAAUCUAAAAAUCAGGAAACAGGAAAGAUUGAAGAUUCUCAUGUUAUCAAGUUCUUCAGAGACAAGCUGCACUCCAAGCCAUGCCAGAACCAGGGCUUCAUUCUGGAUGGAUUCCCCAAGACCAUAGAACAUGCCAAUGAUCUGUUUGCAACUGAGGAAGAUGAUGAUGCAGAGGAAUCGGCAGCCACCAAAUUUGAUAAAACCAUUAUGCCCGACUUUGUCUUCUGCAUGGAGGCCAAUGAUGAAUUCCUCAGACAGCGCGUUAUGAACCUGCCGGAGAGCGUGGUCCAUGGAACUCACAACGAUGAGGAGGGGCUCAUGAAGAGACUCGAGAUGUACCGCAGCAUCAAUAAUGAUGAGGAGACGGUCCUCAACUACUUUGAUGAAAAGGAAUUUCAUCCAGAGAAACUGGAUGUCACAAAGGAUGAUUCCCCAAUGAUGAGAGACACGGUGGAAAAGAUCAAGAAAAUCAUAGGAGAACCCAGAAACUAUGGUCCAACACCAGAGGAGCUGGAAGAGAUGAGACGACAGGAGGAGGAAGCUCGCCUUAAAAAGGAAAUGGAGGAGAAACAGGAGAAAGAGCGACAAGAAGCAGAGGAAGCCUCACUCCGCAAACAGAGGCAGGAGGAGUGGACCCAGCGUCUAAAUGAAGUGAAGAGGGAGGAGUUUGAACUGUUGGAAGCUCAGUCCAUUCCACUGAGGAACUACUUAAUGAAGCAUGUGAUGCCAACUCUCACCCAGGGCCUUAUUGACUGUUGCAAGACUCGACCCGAUGAUCCCAUCGAUUACAUUGCCGAGUUCCUUUUCCAGAACAAUCCACAGGUAGACUAAGACCUACCUCAGUGUAGCUGUUGUUGGAAGGACUUUGGUUUCUGUGAUAAGUCUGUGGCAGAUUCUGUGACUUGUGUUUACUGUUACAUUAUAUACAUGUCAGAUCUUUAUAUUGAGAUUGUAAAUAUAAAUAAUAAAUCAUGAUACAAAUUGA